UGCGUGAAGGCGCGGGAGCGGCUGGAGCUGUGCGACGCGCGGGUGUCGUCCCGCUCCCAGACGGAGGAGCAGUGCACAGAGGAGCUCUUUGACUUCCUGCACGCCAGGGACCACUGCGUUGCUCACAAACUCUUUAAGAACCUGAAGUGA